UGGCGUCCAUCGCUGAUGGUAAGAUUUAAAUCUCUUUUUUUUUUCAGUGAAAAGGCAGAGCCCGCUAAAAGAUGUGCCGCCGAAGUCAAAACACUUCCGUUUUUCCUACCCGCUUGCCUUUCCGGGGGAACGGCCGGUGUGCUCCCGCAUCGUCCGUCUAUACAGCGCAUAGCCAAGGUCCACAGACAAAAACAGAUGGCUCCGAAGAAGGCAGAAGCCCCCAAACAGCCGACAUUAAUAGGCCGUUUUGGCACCUCUUUAAAAAUCGGAAUCGUGGGAUUGCCUAAUGUUGGAAAGUCAACAUUUUUCAAUGUAUUGACCAAAAGUCAAGCUGCUGCCGAGAACUUUCCGUUUUGCACCAUUGAUCCAAAUGAGAGCCGAGUUCCUGUUCCUGAUGAGCGCUUUGAUUUCCUCUGCAAGUACCACAAACCAGCCAGUAAGGUCCCUGCCUUUCUAAAUGUAGUGGACAUUGCUGGUCUGGUGAAGGGAGCACACUCAGGACAAGGACUUGGAAAUGCUUUCCUGUCCCACAUCAGCGCGUGUGAUGCCAUCUUCCACAUGACACGUGCAUUUGAUGAUGAAGACAUCAUCCAUGUGGAGGGAUGUGUCGAUCCUGUGAGGGACAUGGAGAUCAUCCACGAAGAGCUGCGGCUGAAAGACGAGGAGAUGAUCGCUCCUAUUGUUGACAAACUGGAGAAAACCGCAGUCAGAGGAAACGACAAGAAGCUCCGGCCUGAAUAUGACAUCAUGAUGAAAGUGAAGAACUGGGUUGUAGAAGAGAAGAAACCCGUCAGGUUUUACCCAGACUGGAACGACAAAGAGAUUGAGGUGUUGAACAAGUAUCUCUUCCUCACAUCGAAGCCCAUGAUCUACCUGGUCAAUCUGUCAGAGAAGGACUACAUCAGGAAGAAGAACAGGUGGUUGGCGAAAAUUAAGGAGUGGAUAGAUGCUCACGACCCUGGCGCGGUUGUCAUUCCCUUGAGUGGAGCGUUGGAGUCCAAACUGCUGGACAUGAGUGAGGAGGAGGGGAAGAAGUAUUGUGAAGAGCAGAAGACACAGAGUGUCCUGACCAAAAUAAUCAAGACGGGCUACGCUGCGCUCCAGCUGGAAUACUUCUUCACAGCCGGACCAGAUGAAGUGCGAGCUUGGACUGUGAGGAAGGGCACUCGGGCUCCACAGGCUGCAGGGAAGAUCCACACUGACUUCGAGAAGGGCUUCAUCAUGGCAGAAGUCAUGAAGUUCAACGACUUCAAAGAGGAGGGCACUGAGAACGCAGUCAAGGCGGCUGGCAAAUACAGGCAACAGGGCAGGAACUACGUUGUGGAGGAUGGAGACAUUAUCUUUUUCAAGUUCAACACGCCCAACGCACCCAAGAAGAAGUAGAAGCUUUUCAAGAACUAUAAGCUAAAGUGGGGUCUGAUCAACAGAGACUGCUGGAUUCUAUGUUUAAAGAGACAAAAUGCUUGUCCACUCCAUAAUCAGUGCCACCGUUCACACAUUGUUGAUGAAACAAAACAAACCUGAGCGUAAAUAUGUGUCCACUCAUGCAUAAUGAAGAUACCCCAAAGGUGUUUCGGAGAGUGGUCAGGCUGGUUAGCCAAACACCUUUCAGGCUUGAAUGUUAACCUGCCUGAAACUCCACAAAACAACUUGCUUCAUACAGACACCUGGAAUCCUGUUCUCCACUACUGAGGCUCCUGUAUCCCAGUACUUUAGUUAGUCACUGAUCAUUUAUGGUUCUUCCUGCGCAGUGACGUCUGACACACGUCCAUCAGAUUGUUGACCCGUGGGACCAUUCUUACAAUGCCGAUGCCAGUUUUGCUUCAUCAACUCCGCUUUCUUCGUGAACUUCCUUAAAGUAAUGAGCCGCCGGGGCCAUGUGUUCACCACACGUUCCCCUCGCCUGUCCUCACCGCCUCUGGUCCUCUUCACAUUCAUGCACCAAACAUUUUGCCAUACUGUGGGACACAAGCCUCUCCCGGGGCAUGUCCAGCUUUCUGUCAGAGAUGCAACAAAUAAAGGAUGAUAAACAUACAACAAUUAAAAGACGAA